AUGGCAGUUAAAAGCUUGGAGGAUCGGCUUGUGGAGCGCUUCAUGCGUUACUCCGCCAUCUCCAGUCAGAGCAACCCGGCGAAUGUCGGAAAGUGCCUGCCGACGUCUCCUGGGCAGCAGGAACUCGCUGAGCUUCUUGCCGCGGAGCUGCGUGCCAGCGGUCUGGAGGACGUUGUGUGCGACGACCACGCGACGGUGACGGCAGUCAAACGGGGGCGCAGGAAGGAUUGCCCGACCAUCGGCUUUAUUGUUCACCUUGACACGGUUGACGUUGGCCUCAGUCCUGUUGUGAAGGCUCAGAAGCUGCGCUACGAGGGCGGAGAUAUUUGUCUCAACAAGGAGCAGGACAUUUGGCUGCGUGUGGCGGAACACCCCGAGAUUGAACGGUACGUGGGCGAAAACAUAUUGUUCAGCGAUGGCACGAGUGUUCUUGGCGCGGAUGACAAGGCGGCCGUGACGACCGUGAUGGAGAUGAUCACGAGCCUGCGGCCAAAUGAAAAGCAUGGAGACAUCAUUGUCUGUUGCGUCCC